GUAAAAUGGGCGGAGUUAAAGGAAGGGCACAUGGCGGAUUUUGGAAAGUUGACAAAUUUUAUGUCAAAAUUUGACAUGUGAUUUUUUGCAUAUACGCUGCAUGAUGCCAGAUUUCUAAACUUUGUAAGAGAUGGAUGUAGAAUCUGACAGUUUAGAUGAAAAACCAACACUUUCAGAUGAUCAAAAUAUAAAGACCGAACCUGGUGAGGGUAAAAUUAAGCUAGAGAGGCCAGACACCUUGAACAAAGAUGAUGUUGAGAAAGAGAAUAAGGAAGGACUUGGUGUCAAGGUCAAGCGUAAAGGUCGUAGAGGAAGGUCGUCAGGGUCACUUACAAUGAAAGGAGAUAAAAUUACUUCAUUUACCACAGAGAGAGGAAUAACUUACUCACCAAAUGAUCAUGUUUACAUAGAAAAUAAUCGACAAAACAAUGCAUACUUCAUCUGUGCUAUACAGGACUUCAAUGUGGUGAAAAGAGACACGCUGGUUGUACGAGUGAAAUGGUACUAUAGAGUGACAGAGGUUCCAGACUGUGUAUACCAGCAUCUAGUGCAAGACAGAUACACGCAAAAGAUAGAGAGUGAUCACCCCUUAGCAAACCCUGCAGUCAGAUCCAGGGAAUUAUUCUGCUCUGAGGCCACAGACACAUACCCUGUAACUGCUCUCAGAGGAAAGUGUCGAGUUGUCCACUGCAACAGUCUUGAAGCGGCGCGGGUAUUCAAGCCGGCCGCUGACACGUUCUACUGUAUUCUUGGUUACAAUCCAGAAACCAAGAGGCUGGCGACCACACAGGGCCAGAUACGGGUCGGGUCUAUGUAUCAGGCACGGAUGCCUGAAUGCAAGCCCAAUGUCCCACCAUCAGAGAUGCCAGAACGGAGUGAUGCAUUGGAGACAUUUCACUGGCAGCCAAAGGGCGUCCUAGAUGGCGAUCUCAUGAUGUACCUCAGGGCAGCCAGGAGUGUGGCAGCAUUUGCUGGCAUGUGUGAUGGAGGUUCGACGGAAGAUGGAUGUCAGGCCGCACAAAUGGAUGACACCACAAUGAAUGCUAUGCACAUGCUUCACAAGUAUGAGUAUGACACGGGCAAAGCCCUACAAGCCCUGGUGAAAGCCCCAGCCCUCAGAACUAUUGAUAAGAAAUGGAAUGAGGAAGAUACCAAAAAGUUCGUAAAAGGACUUCGAGUAUAUGGGAAGAACUUUUUCAAGAUCAGAAAAGAGUUAUUACCACUUAAAGAUACGGGUGAGUUAGUCGAGUAUUAUUACUUCUGGAAGAAGACUCCAGCUGCUGCUGCCAACAGACCACAUCGACGUCACCGACGGCACGGAGUAAAACGUGCAACUACUAGAUCACAACGUCCGGCAAGUAGCGAAUUCUUGGACCUUAGUUCGGCCAGUGAUUCUGAGAAUGAUUCCGAGGACAGCGAUGGACUGACCGGAUAUAGGUGCCAAAACUGUCUAGUCACUGUCUCUAAGGAUUGGAGUAAUGCUGGAAAGCCUAAUCCUCGUCUUUGUACAAAAUGUCGCAUUUUCUUCAAGAAAUACGGUGUAGACCGACCUGUAAACAGUCCCGGAGAUUCUCCAUAUUUCCAGCCUGUCCGAGAUGGGGACAUAAACGGAACACACAAUAUGCUGACUCGGCAAAACAGGAAUUCCACUGAUUCUAAAGAAAAUAAGAAGAAAGGAACAAAUAGUGUAAGCAGUCUAGAUAAUUUAGACAGUCCAACUAGUGAUUCAAAGAAAUCCCUUGUCCCAUCAUCACCCUCAGCACUCAGUACAUCAAGUAACUGCAGCACAGAUAGAGAGAAAAAGAAACGAAGGAGUUCAGAAAGUUCAGAUAAGGAAAAGAAAAGACAUCACCCUGCUUCUGAUUCAGACGAUAAAUUUUCAAAGAGAAAACGUGGGGGUCCAUCAGAUUCUGAGUCAUUAUCAGACAGUAGUAUAUCAGGUGCUGAAGAAACACAAAACGAGGCUGAUGAGACUAACCAAGAUGAAUUAACGUCAAGUUCUCCACCCACUAGUCCAAGCCCGGUAGAAUCUGAUAAAGAAAAAUUACCGGCUCCUAUUCCAGUUGAAGCUACAAUUAGUGGCGAUAAACUGGCGGAACUACCAAGACCGGAGCCACAACAUCCUUCACCAAAUAGACAACCAAUAGAGUCAUCUCCCUUGUUAUCGCCAACUGGUAUACAAACUCAGUUACCAUCGGUUUCAUCUCAAAUUCCUCAAGGAUUUGUUCCCUUACCGCCAUUACCAGCAUUCGCAUUUAGACCGCAAUAUCCUCCUCCACCAUCAUUAUACCCACAACCUCCAUUUCCAGAAACUGUUUCAUCCAAUCAAAAACAGUCUGAAGCAGACGACACACAAAGUACGUCUGCUGCUGUGUCUCCACCUGGUGACAACAGUGAGUCAGGGGAAACUACUGUGAUAUCUGUUCCUAAAGUGAAAGAGGAAGUGGUUACGCCUCCUCGGUCGCCAGAAAAAGUGUUUAUUAAGCAGGAACCAGAAGACAGCUUCAUGCUUAAUACAAGUCAAAAUGUUGCUAGUGCAAAAUCGAACAUGGACAGCUUUGCUGCCACCAAAGAAAUGGGCCCAAUAGUGACUCCUAAAUUGGAGCCGGGGCUCAAUAAUCCUUACCCUAGUGCAAAUGAGUUUCCUUCAGGUUCUAAUAAGAUUCAAACUGAAUCAACUUUAACCUCGCAGGCAGAGGUCUUAGGUCAUACGGAACAUAGUGAAAGUCAGGGAGAAAAAGUUGAAGGUCAGGAAAGUGAAAGGUCAGAGGUUGAAGUUAUGGAAGACAGUGAUUCAGACAGGGAAGGCACUUUGACCCCGGGGCCAGUGCCAACGCCCUGUAACAAGGAAGUCCUCAGGAGCAAAACUGCCAUAUUUAUAAAGUUAUUGAAUCGAGGGGAGCACAACUCCUGUUCCCGUUGUGAUCUCAUGUUCAAACCAUUGCCAGACUCCAAACUGGCAAAGAAAAGAGAAGAUCGGGAAAAGAAACCUGUAUCAGCAUCGUCAACGCCAGCAAAGGAAGAACCCAAGAGAAAAACAGAGUCGCCUCGGCCCAGUUCCACGUCAGACGCCCAGGUUGUCAGUAACGUUCCAUCAUCGCAUCACAUACAUGCAGACAGAGUCACGCCGCGGUCUUAUCCAGAUACGCCCGCAUUACGUCAGUUGUCAGAAUAUGCUAAACCGCAUACGCUGGGUAUGUACCAAGAUACAUUCGCUCAGUGUCGUCAGGAUCCUAGAUCUAUGCCAGGCUACCUAGGUUAUCCGUUUAUGGACCCGAUUCGAAUGGCUGCAAUGUAUCCCCCUAACUCCAGAGAAAGAUUAGAAUUGGAGUUGGAACGAGAUAAACGGGAAAGAGAUGCACGAGAACGUGAAUUACGGGAGCACGAGUUACGCUCCCUGGAAAUGAGGGAGAAGUUAAAAGCAGAGAUGGAAAUGAAACCUCCAGGUUUGGAACGGUUGCUUCCUCCAGGAGCCAAUCCUUUAGACCCGCACUGGUUAGAGAUACAGCGUAGAUACGGUCCCCAUAUGUUACCCGGGGGCUCUGGAUCAUCGCAUCUCCCUGGCAUCUACCCACCAACCAGUAUUGCCUCAGAUCUCAUGGCCCGUGAACGCGAACGGCUUGAAAGGCUUGGAAUACCACCGGGUCACCCAAUGCUGGGAGAAUCUUCGUAUACGGCAGCCAUGUUAGAGAGACUGGCCGCAGAGAGGAUGUCAGCAGAACGGUUAUCUGCGGAAAGGCUUCAAGCCGAGCGACUUGCCAUGCACGAUCCAAUGAUCCGACUCCAAAUGUCUGGUGUUGGUAGUGCCUCGGCUGCGGCUGCUGCAGCGGCUGCCGCCGCUCACGCUCAUACCCACACACACGCACAUUCCCAUACCCAUCUCCACUUACAUCAACCUGACGGACUGCCACCACAUGGAGGACAGCCGGGAAUUCCCUCUUCGUCACCUCUUCAUCAUCCGCUUCUUCAGCCCCAUCUCUUACAUCCACUCGGACCAGGUGCGGAUCCCAUGUCUGGUGUUAAUGGUGCUAGCAACCAGACGCCCCCGGGCUCGCUCCCCUCUCUCCCUGUUGGUGUACCACCCCACAUCCUGGCUGCAGGCAGAGAGCAGGAACUGUUACAGAGUGACCUGUACAGACGAGCCUACUCAGACCCUGCACUUGCUCAACAGCUUCAAGCACAUCAUGAGGCAUUACAGCGUAUGGCCAUGGACAGAGAGCGAUUUGGGUCAGGCCUUCCCCCGCCCCAUUGAGGUGACUCUUAGUGGGAAAAGUUCUGUUACUCUGUAUUUAUAUACAAAUCUAUUUGGUGCAAUAUGUAACUUAAGAAAUACACACACUUGUUCAAAUCCGAAACACAGACUAGUGUUCAAAACUAAAAACACAAGACUGGUGUUCAAAAUUAAGACAUAAAGUGAUUUUCUGAAUUCAAACUCAGACUGGUGCCCAAAAUGAAUAAAUUACAAGGCUGGUGUUCAAAACUGUAACACAAGGAUGGUGUUCAAAAUUAAAGCGUAGAGUAAUGUUCAGAAUUGAAGGACACUGUCUGAUGAACAGAUGAAUGAAACAAGAAAAGACUGAUGUGUUCUAAAUGUCAGCAAACUUAAUGAAAGGCAGCUCUAAAAUUGUUCUAAAUUUUGUGCAAGAUGAAUCGUACAAAUGUGUGGAAGAGAUAGAAAAGACGCAUCAAAAAGACUGAAGAAUGAACUGUAUGUGAAUGAUUUAUGAUGUGCAAAUAACUGCAGUUGAAGAAUGGCUUAUGAAUGUGCUUGAGAAAAGUAGAUAGAAAAUAGGAUGAAGAUGUUAUGUAAAAGUUAAAUUGUUAGUGAAAAAAAUGAAUAGCGUCUUUUUACUCAUUUCUUUGAUUUAAAAAGUAUAACUGACAUUAAGAAAUGAUAAGAUGAAAUGAAACUGGUAUGAAAUAUUGAUUAAAUCGUGUGAAGGUGAUAUAACACUUUUAUUUUGUUUGUACAUUUAAAAGUGUCUUUAACGUUUUACAUGUUUUGAAACAUCGUUUUUGUACUUUAUGGUGAUACAUUGAAAAAAAAAAAGACCUAUAGUGAUGAAACAGUAACAAGGCCCCAUUUACAUACAACAAAAAACAUGUUAUUUUAAAAUUUCAGUCUUACUUGGUAAGGGUAUGUGAGUUGCUUUCCAGUUUGGAAUUGGUAAUUCUUAGGGAUUUACCUUACAGUAUAAAUGUGCUUAUUUUUUCUACACAUGCAACAAUGUUUAUUGUUGUUUUGUAACAAGCAUGUGUCUUGUUAAUCGUAUAGUGCUAUAUUAAAGUGAAGUUUUGUGUACAAAAAGUGCUGAUUUAUGAUGCAGGCGCAUAAUACAUCAAGACAAUGUCAGCACCAUGAAAAUAUAUUUAUUAUAUAUCUAUAAGUUUUUUUGUAGUAUUCAACAAAUGAAUUAAAACUGAUAGAAAUCAAAUUCCAUAUUGCACGAGAUGUAAAUCCUCCUGUGUAUUUUGCUUGUGUCCUUUUUCAUGACACGUUAAAUAAUUAUUUUAUUUUUUUGUUUCAGGGGUGUUUAAAGUUGUAUUUUUAUCUAAAAUUUAAAAAAAAAAGUGGUGUGGGUAAAUAAUUAAGGGGUCAUAAUAACGGUAGAUUAACCUGGGAUGUAUUUUACCUGGUGGGACAGCCUGCGGUGCCGGCGUGCCUCAAGGGAUUCAAACUAGGCUAAGUCCUAUAGAGUCAAAUAAAACAUCCUAGCUGUAGUUAUUGUUUAACCUUUAACCUGUUAAAUUUCUAAAAUGGACUGGUUUAUUAUUCAGUCUGGGCAGUACCAUUUAUAUUCGAAGGGAUGUUCACUGAAAAUUUAAUGACUGAAUAGCAAACAGUGCAGACCACGAUACUGGUCUUGACUUGUCGCAAAGGUAGAAUCACUUGCCACCAGCAGACUAAAGGUUAAUAACCCUAUUAUACAUGCUUCAUGUAGUAUUAACAUUCUGGUGACAAAUGAGAUUCCAUUCAGGUUAACAUGAAAUGUAAGUCUUCUGAGUUUUCUUGAAAUUCUGUGUUUUUAAAAUUUAGCAAUUGCGUUUUUUCUGAGUUGUCCAGAUUCAAAAAUUACGGCUCUGAAUGGCAUUUUAAUCAGUAUGAUAACUACUCAUAGACUUGGUUGCUGCAAUACAUUUUCUUAUGAGGAGAAAUAAAAUGGCUGAUAAAUGCUGGUGAUUUGCAUCUCUUAGGAAUAAAGAUAAAUGGUAUUUCUGAAUAGACCUCAGUCUGAAAGUUUAUAUUUGUACAGUAUAAUGUUAAAUAUAAUGAUUUCUAUCUAAUGCAGUCUGGAAUUGGAAGUUGAUCUGUUCUCUGUUAUGGAGAAAAAUAUGUAUGAUACGCAUUAUUGGCGGAAGAUGUCUGUUUCCUGUUUAUUUAUUUGUUUUGCUGGCUUUUUUUUCGUAAGCUCUAGGGCGGGUUAUGACAAUUUCCUUGAAAUGAAUAAUAGUAGAUGUAACUAGAUAUGAUGAUCUCCCUGGAAUAUUGGCAGAUGUGCCGAGCAGCUCUAAUAUAUCAGGAAUGAGAGUGUGGGUUAAAUUGUCUCAAUUUUUUUUUUUUUUUUUGGACAUAGUUAUGGUUUCAGUUUGUCUGAGAAAGAAAUAUAUUUCUGAUAAGAUUGUUUGCUUUUUCAUCGUUUUCAACAAUUCUGUUAAAAGUUUCAAAAAGUGUUUCCGAGAAACCCAUCCAGACAAACCCCUUUAAGGUUUUAAGGGAUAUUUAGAAAGAAAAGCAGUUUAAAAAAAAAUAAAAAUCCUAUCAGUUAAUGGUUAUAGAAAAGAUAUUUCUCACUAUUAAUAUAACAUGGAUAAAAAGGGUAGAUUAUUUUAUACUAGGAUGCUGUAUAACGUCUGAAAAUCAGUAUAAACUAUCAUACUCCACUUUUCUUGAAUUUACCACAUUAUGAGUUGAGUUUGGACACUGUCAAACAUUUGUGGGACUUUAUAAUCGUACAGCGGUUAUCACAGUAAGAUUUUUUUUGGUGAUACUUUUCUGUUUCCUGAAAUUAUUUGACAAAAUAAAGAAAGAAGUAAGUCUGCUAUUUAUUUCAUGGUCAGGUGCCAGAUUAUAAUUUGAAAGGAUUAAGGCAUCAAAAGAAAUGUCUGAGAAUUUUUCUGAUGUAUUGUAACAAAUGGAGGAAGAGUAGAAAGCAAGUCAAAACUCUGGAAUAUUCAUAACUUUGUUUAAUCUUUCAAGUUUGAGCCCUUUAUUAGCCCUUCAUCAGGGAUACAUGAUAAAAAUUACUCAAAAUGUCUUACACAGGUUGUAUGAAAAGGGUUCUUGGAGUCACAUGAUGUCUUUACAGAUGCGUUGCUUGUCAGAAAAUUGCUAUAACCCGACCAACUUAACAGGGCUUGCUUAGGAAUAAAUAUAAAAAUUUUAAAAGAAAUUAAACGGCAACAUGUAUCUUUUUCGUUGCUGCUAUUUUUCGCACAAUUUAUUUUAUCGUGUAAAUUUACACAUGCGAUUUGUUAUUAUAAUAAAAAUACAUAAAGAAUUUCUUUGAAAGUUGUCUGUCCUUUGCAUUGUAUAUACUAUUGUGGACAAUUUUUGUCAGUAUUUUUUCGUUCUGAUCUCAGAAAAAUGUUUUUAGAAUAUAUUUCUUAUUUUUUAGUUUUUUGUUAAACUUGAAAAACUUUUUGGGCAGUUUUUUUGUCUUGUUUCAAUAAAUUUAUUGUAAACUUUCUGUCAUACAAGUUCAGGUUAUUUUUGUAAAGAAAUAAUCAUGGAUAUUCAAAUUAAACAUGAAAAAUAUCUUCUUUUUUUUUCACAUGUAAAUUGAUAAUAAUAUCUUAUACGGCAUGAAUUUUAAACUAAAAAAAAAAUCCUGUAAAGUGUCAACUUAAAUAUUGAUUUAUUAAAAGUAUAACUCUUUAAAUACUCCAUUGUCGUUUUUUUUGUUAAUGAUUUAAAAAUGGUUAUUUUCAUCUGAUGUUAAUCUGAAGGCAAGUCUCUAAAGCAACUAGUUCAUAUAAUGAAGUGAAAAUUUUCUGUGUCCUUGUAUACUCACAGUUUGAUAAAAUUUUAUAGCUAUAUAAUCCAAUUAAAUUUCUUUCAUUUUGAUUCAAGUUGACCAUUAAUGGCAUCUGAGCGGGUGAAAUCCCAGUCCUGUGAUUUCUUGCUGCCGUCUCUGUCGAUACACGAUAAUGUCUUAGCUUUUGUUAUAAUAGAAAGAAGAGAGUUUUCUAUCUAUCUCGAUUUAGGAUGUUUGUUUAAACAAUGCUAACAAUAGAAAUUAAUGUAUGUGGCAUUUUGUACAGGUUUAUUAUUAUUUCUGGUGAUUUUUCUUAUUAUACCAUGAGUACAUUUUGCUAAUCAGUGUGCGUAGUGAUAAAUAGUCGAGAUUUUUUUUGUUAUUAUUAUUAUAAUUAUUCCAUAUUUCUGUAAAUAUUUGUAUUUUUCAAUUAUGUAUAACAUUGUUGUCAUGAAAAAAUUUAUCAUCCUUCAAAAUGAAGGCAAAUUAAAACAAUUCCAGUGAAAAA